AUGGAAUUUUAACCUUAAACCAAGAGAUAGCUAUUCCUAAAGAACUUCCUAAAUGAUAAGGAAAAUGAAUUUAAUGGCAAUUCCUCUGGAAUGACCUCUAGUAGAACAAAUAACUCAAAUAUGAUAACUCCAUCCAAUUAUAACAAUAAUAUUGAUGUCAGAAGAAGAGAGUCCUAAAAGAAUACUGAUAUUGCAACUGCUAAUAAAAACAUAACUGGAGCUCACCUGAGGUCACCCUCUGAUGGCAAAUUCAUCUUUACUUAAACUAAAGUUGACUCAACCAAUCUACAGCUACUAUCUUCUAAAUUUAUGUCUAGUCACAUCGAAGAUAACUCACAAUUCACUGAGACUUGCUAGAUGGAUGCUACCAAUCUAAAGUUAGGUGAUAUAGGGAAGUUGGGGAGUGUAGUCUCAGGUUAUUCUGAUAAUGAAAUAGAAAACGUUCUAAUUGGGUCAAUAAGACCAAGUAAGUAAGAGUAAAUUAAGCAGCAGGAGUUGAAAGAAGAAAUGCUGAAUAAGCAAAUUUAAGAUCCAUUUUAUUGCAAAAGAAUUGAAUGCUUGGAAAGGGAAAACAUUAUUAUGGAGCAAUAAGAGAAGCUUCAGUAAAUGGAAGAAGUUAUUAACAGUCUACAGCUGAAGCUAAUGAAUAAGAAGGGGAAGAUAGCAAUGCUUAAAUUAGAAAAAUCUCUAUUGAAGAAAAGAGAAUAGCAAAUGGAUAUUCUUCAUGACAGUGAUAACUUUUAAUCUAAUGGGUAAAAAGAUAAGAAGACCAAAGGCAGGUUGAUAAGGAAUAAUAGUAAGACUAAGACAAAUUUAAACUCCAAUACUUGCUCAUUCUAAGAUCUGAAUAGUCAGAAAAAUAACUCAAUCAUUGGUGGAUCAUACGACUCUUAAGUAAACGAAUAAAAUGAUAACAGAUAAGGGGAUAAUCAUCCUUAUUUAGAUGAAAAUAAUGAUAUCAAUUUUGAAACUUAUGAAAAGAGAGACAGGUAGAGCUUAUACAAAAAGAUGAGAAUCAGGACUGAUAAUCAUCACAGCAUAGAUGAAAGUUAAAAUUUGUCCAGAUUCGGAGGAGGAAGUCCUAUCUAAAAAGAUAGCAUCAAUAAUUUGAAACUAAGCAAGCCUGGCAUACCAUUAGGACCUUAGAAGAGUAUUAUAAGCAAUCCACUGCUAACUUCUAGAAAUAUGCAUCAACCUUAGCUUUCUUAAUAAUUGAACAGCCAAAAUUAACAAAACUCUGCGAGAGGCAGUGGCUCAGAAAGAUUCAGUUUAGAAUACAGUGAGAAAUUCAAAGAAUAACUUUAAUCCCUAGUAUUAUGGGAUGUGGGAUCAGAAAUGGAUUCUCCCACUAGAGGGGCUGGGAAUGUUUACAACUCUUAAGGAUUUAAUCCUAUGCUUAGAUCAUCUUAGAAUCAUAAUUUCUUCUAAAACACUUAAUUUAACAUGGCAAACGGAAGUCAUUAUCAGUAAUAGCAAAAUCAGGGUGGUGAUUUAAAUACUGUAUACUUUGAGGAUGUUGAAGUAUUUGAUGAGUUUGAAAAAAGAUUCAAGGACUUCUUAAAAUCAACACCUUACAUUGAGCAGAUUCUUCAGACCUCUAAAGAGUACAGAAUGAUAAUAGAAUCACUAAACAUAUUAGCUAGAUUUAAUGAUGAGUUGAAGAGAAUAUGCACAAUGACGGCAUAACUUGCUGAAGAAGGCAAGAAACUUUUCAUCUCCAAAUAAAAGGGGCAGCAGAUCAUUUAGAAAAAUAGAGAGUUAAGAGUAUAAAUAAAGAGUCUUUUGAAAGAUCAGAUUGCUCCGCCCAGUAUAACUAGCAGCAUCAGUGGCCCUCUUAAAGGUGUAGAUAAAAACAAUAAUACUAAAAGAGAGCUGAUUAAGCAGAGAAACUAUUUGAUGCAGGAAAACGAUAGUCUAACCUUCAAAUUCAAAAAGCUCUUUUUGUUCUGA